CAGGCAGUCCCUUACCUUAGACCUCAAGACCCUGCAUUCAUACAAGGGACGCGCUUUCAAUAUCUACCCUCUUGACUGCUCCCGUCUCGAGAAUUACCCUACACAUCUUCAGACUCGGUGCCCCGUCGCAUAUCAGCCCAGAAUGAACGUCCAAUACAACUCGGCCCUGCGCCAGAGCAAGGCCAUCCGCAACGACCUCGAAAAGCUGUCCUCCUCAGCUGCGCAACCAGCUGCCAUGACUCCCGCCGAAAUUGGCAAUGUGUCCGCAUCUCUCGCCUCCUUUUCCAAGACCGUCGACGAAUACAACCAACUAGCUCGUCAGGAGCUCGUACCCAAGAAACAAGAAGAAGCCUACGAACGAGUGAAACGGUUCCGCGAUGACCUCUCCGAUUUCCGCUCUCAGGUCGACUCUCUCAAGAAGGCUCGCGAAGAAGCCGCCCACAACAACAAUCGAGGCGAGCUGCUGGGCCGUCGAGCUUAUGUCACAGCCACCCCCGAAAACCCCUACGCCAACGUGAAUAAGUCGUCCCAAUUCCACAGCCGAGGGGCUUCGACAGGUCAGGCCGGCAGCGGUGGGCUGAGCAUGGGCGGAAACGAUGUCACAAGAGAACAACACGCCCUGCGAGAGCAGAACUUCUUUGCCAGCACCAACUCAGCCUUGGACGAAUACAUUGCCCGCGGGCAAGCCGUGCUAGGCGAUCUUGGAACGCAGCGCGAAAUGCUCAAGAACACCCAGAAGAGGCUCUACUCUGUCGGUAACACGCUGGGCAUCUCCGGCGACACCAUUCGCAUGAUUGAGCGCCGCGCCAAGGAAGACAAGUGGAUCUUUUGGGCCGGUGUCAUCAUCUUCUUCCUCUUCUGCUGGGCGUGCAUACAUUUCUUACGGUAAACGCACAUCACAUUUGGAGUCGCGCCGCCAGAGACGAAAAACCGACGCUAGGCAACAUGCAGGGCGAAAGGCGUUGUGGAGUAGGCUGCAGUAUAUGCGCCGUGCAGAAUUUGGGUCAUCAUGGAGCUCUCCCUGUAUAACAAGCGACGGUCGACUUUUUUUUCGUUUGACCUCUUUUUUGGUUACUCAGUGCCCACAAGAGCAAUGGUGAAAAGCACCGUUUCGGUUGUCUCGAUCUCGACCACCCUUGUCUCGGGCAGCACGUGGUUGCUGGUGCUUAUGUGGCCCCCAAACUUGGUCUCCCAUUUCUCCACGUCCCAUUCGAGGCCCUUGGUGGUGAUGUAGCUGGUCCCGCCGAUGGGGAUAAUGCCGACGUGCUUGCCAAAGACGUCCUCGCCGUCUUCGCGGACCCAGAUGCUGUGGUAACCGGGCUUGAGGAGGAAGGUCAGGCUCUGGCCGGAGACGAGGUACAGCUUGCCCUGGGCAUAGUCCGGGCCCGGCUGGAAGAGGUACAGAUGGUGCACCUGGCUGAGACCCUGAUCGACGCGGCCACCUAGUCCACCGAGAGCCACGAUGUCAGUCUUGGGGCCGUGGUUUGAUCGGAUCCAUGAGACGGCCUUGGCGAAGUCUGUUGAGUACUGGUCGGGAUCAUGUAUGACUUGGGCUGGCUUUUCUAGCGUUGUGUAGUAGUCCUUGACGGAGGGGAGGAGUGAGUCCAAGUCCCCGAUGAUAACGUCGAGGUUGUUCUGUAUGAGUCAGACAGGGUCAUCGUGAUGAUGAGAGAUGCAGGCACUCACGUAUGGAGGGUGGGAUUGAGCCUCAGCUGCUUUGUUCAGAUCGUGUAGCCUGUUUGCCCCGCCAUCUGCAGCAACUCGUGUGAGGGCUUUAUGAGGAGUCAGCAUGGGGUCGGGUCGAACGAGUGCGAGGAGGUUGUACCAUUUGUCCAUAGUGAGUCAAAA